AUGGGCGACGUCGGGGAGCCCGGCCGGGGGCCCGCGCAGCCGGGGGCGCCGCUGCCCACCUUCCGCUGGGAGCAGAUCCGCCCGCACAACCUCCCGGGCGACAAGUGGCUGGUCAUCGAGCGUCGCGUCUACGACAUCAGCCGCUGGGCACAACGGCACCCGGGGGGCAGCCGCCUCAUUGGCCACCACGGCGCUGAGGACGCCACGGAUGCCUUCCACGCCUUCCACCAGGACCUCAAUUUCGUGCGCAAGUUCCUGCAGCCCCUGCUGAUUGGAGAGCUGGCCCCGGAGGAGCCCAGCCAGGAUGGACCCCAGAAUGCCCAGCUGGUUGAGGACUUCCGAGCCCUGCGCCAGGCAGCUGAGGACAUGAAGUUGUUUGAGGCCAAGCCCGCCUUCUUCGCUCUCUUGCUGGGCCACAUCCUGGCCAUGGAGGUGCUCGCCUGGCUCACCAUCUACCUCCUCGGCCCGGGCUGGGUGCCCAGCACCCUCGCCGCCCUUGUCCUGGCCACCUCCCAGGCUCAGUGUUGGUGUCUGCAGCAUGACCUGGGCCAUACCUCCGUCUUCCGGAAGUCCCAGUGGAACCACCUGGCCCAGCAGUUUGUGAUGGGACAGCUGAAGGGCUUCUCUGCCCACUGGUGGAACUUCCGCCAUUUCCAGCACCACGCCAAGCCCAACAUCUUCCACAAAGACCCGGAUGUGACCGUAGCGCCCGUCUUCCUCCUGGGGGAGUCGUCGGUCGAGUACGGCAGGAAGAAGCGCAGAUACUUGCCCUACAACCAUCAGCAUCUGUACUUUUUCCUGAUCGGCCCGCCGCUGCUCACCCUGGUGAACUUUGAAGUGGAGAAUCUGGCGUACAUGCUGGUGUGCAUGCGGUGGAUGGACUUGCUCUGGGCUGCCAGCUUCUACUCCCGCUUCUUCCUGUGCUACAUCCCCUUCUACGGCGUUCCUGGGGCGCUGCUCCUCUUCGUCGCUGUCAGGGUCCUGGAGAGCCACUGGUUCGUGUGGAUCACGCAGAUGAACCACAUCCCCAAGGAGAUCGGCCAUGAGAAGCACCGGGACUGGGCCAGCUCUCAGCUGGCAGCCACCUGCAAUGUGGAGCCCUCGCUCUUCAUCGACUGGUUCAGCGGGCACCUCAACUUCCAGAUCGAGCACCACACCCUGAUGGCCCAAGUGGCCUAA